AUGAGUCAUUGGUCUGUCCCUAAAAUUGGAGACAUAGCUCCCAUUAAACUGAAUAAUUUUGACAAAAGAUUGGAGACAGAUGGUGACAAACAUAAGAUGACUUUUGGUUUGGGAAAAAAGACACAGUCUCAGAAACAGACCUCCAAAAGUUUGGUCACACCAAAACGUGAUAGUAAAUACAGUCCAGAACUGGAAAGAGUCUUUGACAGACAGAAAAUUUUGAUAGAUAAGACAGAAAAUUACUGUAACCAAUCUUUUGACCAGCUUUUUGAUCAACAUGGUGUCUUAGUGGAUGGAGGUGAUAGACAACAAGACAGCAGUGUGUCAGAAAACUCUCAAAGGGUAACCAAAAGUCCCGAAAACAAAAGUUCUGAACUAAACAAAACUUGUCAAGAAAGCUCUCAAAGACAACAAGGUAGUAGGAGGGCUCAAAACUCAAAGGAAAAGAAAGUGCUUGGGUCCUCUGGAAGUAUAGAUCCAAACAGGCAUCUAGAGAAAGACGAUAUCAAAACUGGCCCUGUCUUGUGUGAGACAUCUUGUCGAAUCUCAUUAGAUGCACAGAUUGGAAAACAAGAAGUUUGGAAAACAGACAUCAACAUAGUAUCUCCAAACAAACAAAUCCAGAGAAGUCAGUCUGCUAGAAUUCCAGCUAUGGAUAAGUUUAAGAAAGAUCGUCAACGCACCUUGAUCAAUCAGAGUGAUGGUCUUUCAGAAAGAAAUGGUCUAGAUGAAACUGAAAGUAAAGGAGAUUACUCACCAAGACCAGGUGGUAACAACCUCAGAAAUAGAGUUCUUCAAAACAACUUUUGCCGACAAUCUGCCAUGGACUUGUCAGUGAAUGCUACUAGCAGACAUUCAAUCAACAAUGUACGACAUUCCUACAGCAGUGACCGAUAUUUCAAAGCUUUAGAUGAACCAGACAGUUUCACAUACUUUACAAAAGUCAAGUCAUCAGUGGAUGAACUCAGAAGACAAAAGAAAUUGAAAGACAGCAUCUGCUCACAAUCUUUAGAUAUCAGCAAGGACAGAUCCGAGGUCUUAAUCAAACACACUGACAGAGUUUCAAAUUUCAAAGAUAGAACCAGUAAAGUUAAUUCUUCUCUAGACAAUUUGAGGAGAAGUGGACUUUUGGAAGAUUUUUAUUGCCGUCGGUCGAUGGACAGCUUCUGUAGACAAUCUCUAGACACGAAUACCGAUAGACAGGAUGUCUUGAUUGAGAACACAAGUGAUAGUCCUCCGCUAGACAGUGAUCACACACACAUAUGUAAGAAUGAAAGUGAGAACAAUACAUUGUAUACUAGACCAGAAAUGGAAGAAAGUAACGAGGCAUGGAGAAAGCAGGAGAACUUUGACUAUCCAUCUAUGAGUCCCAGUUCCCAGACUCCAAGACCAGUUACAACAAAAUGUGAUAACUUCUCCAGCAGAUCUUGUAGACAGGGGAAGUUGGAAUAUGUAAAUGAUGAUGUCAUCAUUGAAUUCAGUGAUAGUGGUGAGCCACCAGACAGCUGUAAAGAUGUAGAUAUUCAGCAGUAUGACACCCCUAGAUAUGUAAUUGACAGUAGUAGACAUGUUGUAGACACUAGUAGACAUGUUGUAGAUCCUAGUAGUUGUGAACCAGACACCUCUAGAUAUCUUAUAGACACCGGUAGUAGAUAUAAUGAAUACACUUCUAGACAUGAGAUUAACAGCGGUGGACCUGAACCAGACGCCAAUAGUCAUCACAUAGACACUUGUAGAAAUAAUACAGACACCCCUAGACAGUUCAUAGACAUCAUUGGAGCUGAAUCAGAAGCCCAUAGACAAAUUAUAGACACUGCUAGACAGGAAGAGUCUACAGACAUACCAGUCUCUCAGGAUAUAGAUCAAUAUGAUAGACAAAUGUCUGUUAAUAAUAAUGAUAUUGAAAAAGUUCAGUUUUGUUUGGAUGUUAUACAACAGUGUGCUGGACAGGUUCAAGCUUUUCUAGCAGACACAGAUAAUGUACUCUCAUCUUUAGACAGUUGCCAAGUUGAUGAGAAAUGUUUAAUGUUAAUCAAACGACCUAAACAUUCAGCUAAACAGAUGUUGAAGGCACAUAGUUGGGCUAAUUUGAGUGUGUCAGAUACACAUUUAAAUCUUCCAUUAGAUGGUGGUGGAUUCACUACAAAUACUACCAGUACUUCUAAGUAUCCUAAAUUUAAGUGGAGAAGAAAGGCAGACCAACAAUCUGUCAUGUCAGAAAAUGAUAUAAUUCAAGAUAUUCGUGAUGGAUUUAAUAAGGAGAAUAUUCGCAGAUAUAAUAACAGGCCUAGUCCACGAGCUGUCGUUCCCCCCAUGGUCAAUGGAACACAGUCUCUAGAUCGCCAAUCAGCAAGCAGACCAGACCUUAACCCAUCAAAAGCUUCGGAAAUAAACAAUAACAAAUUUACGAAUAAUCGUGACGUGUACAUGUAUCAUAGUUGUUUAGAUAUUUCAACCAUGCCAACAGUGCAUGAAACUGAGGCUGAAGCGUCUGCUCGUCUCCAGGACAACCAGGCUUACCGAGGACCGGACGUCAAGCCAACUGAAGAAGUUGAUGUUUCUAGAGCUCAGAGUCUUGGAGAUUUAACUCAAGGUCAAAGUUUGGCGUUAUCUGUGGCUCCAGAACGAAAAGCUGGCAGCAUGAUGAAUUUGUCAAAUGUUCCGCCACCACGGGCCAAAAGGCGGAAUCGUGCUCCAAACAAUCAUGAGCGUUACAACACCUUGGAAGUGUUUCAAGAAAUCCCAGAACAUUAUUCCCAAAAAAUGAAUCUUUCAAGUUCUAGUGACUAUAGUUACAGUGCUUCCAAAUAUAUAGAAGACAUUCCUGGAGAAAUAUCGCCUUCGAAACAGAAACGCAGUCUACCUCACGUGCCUACAGUUGAAGCUAAUGAACGUAUUAAACGCUUCACAGAAAUGAUGAAGGCGCGAAUGGCUGGACAGAGUAGAAAUAGUUAUCGAACUCAAUCAGAAAAUUCCUAUUAUUCAGACAAGGGUAGGAACAUGUCGUACACUGCAGAUACACCCUCUGAUAACGAAGUUAGUGAACUCUUACAUCCAAUAUCACCAAUCAAGUGCAGCCCGAGAAAUACCAAGUGCAAUAACACAUUACAGAGAAAAACUCUCGAUUCAGGGAAAAGUAACUCUUACAACGAAAGACAUAUUGCAAAUUCACAAGCCCAUCAAAAUGCCUAUAUACAGACACCUUUGUCUCCUGGUGACCGUAGUCAUGACUCAGGGCAGAUAACUCUCUUGUCACAUUGUAGCACUGUGGACUCUGGAUACACUACAAAUAAUGAUUGUGAAUAUGAAUAUGGAUUAAGUAACGGAAAUAUUCCACCGAGGUUACCGCCCAACCUGACGAACUCUUAUCCCACUUACUCUUCUCCAAAGAAAUCUUACAAUGAUUAUGCCAUGGUGAAAUCCCCAAACCAUCGAAAACCAGUUAUCAAUGGCAACUACAGAAAAGAAAGUCAUGAGAAAACUAAGCCUACCACUGCACCUAAACCAGUGCGAAUUGAAACACUGCCAAAUCAACAUCGACCGAAUGAUCUAAAAAAUUAUCCACAUCAACGUAGAAGUUGGGAUCCUGCCAUGCCAUUAGAAAACAACAAUCAUCUCAAUCAGCAUCAUUCAUUAGUCAUAAAUGGCUACAGUCAUCCAGAGACAGAAAUAAAUGGCAACAAUAUUAAAGAUGGCUAUACUAGUAGUACUCUUCCUGGUCGGUGGAAGUAUCCAAAUUCACCAGACCAUAUCAAAACUUCACCAACUCUCGCCUCACCAAUAUCCAAAUACCCCACAAUGUUUCAGCUGGCACAAAGCUACAAUUUCUUUCCUGCUAAAGUUUCCUUACCAAGCGUGACCUUAUUACUGGAGUCAGUGGAAUUUAAAGAUGCCUUAAUCGAACUUCCAGAAGGUUGUUCUUCUGACAGCUCUUCCAGUCUUCCUCAAGGUCGUCACACCAAGCUUGGGGGUCCAGGGAGUGCUUUCCGUCCUGUACGACCAGCAAGUAUUACCCCACCAGUCGGUCACAUGGUAGCUAUCUGUAAGCUGACUGAGGAUAUCAGACGAGCUUGUAUUAUGGGAGAAUUAAAAGAAGGUGAUAUACUUAUUGAGAUCAAUGGUCAACCAUUGUUAGGGGCUGAUGUACGAAUUGUGAAGAAAAAUUUAGAAUUAUGUCAAGGGGACGUAACUCUUACUGUUGCUCGAGCUAAGCUACCUAUCCAAUCAGUGAAUGAACAGAAUUCCUAUGACACAUUGUCCAAUAAACUAACAGAGUUGGAAAAACAAAUGAACAAAUUGAAAGUAGAGAUGAAGAACAAAGACUCCAAAAUAAAACAAUUAACUGCCAUGAUACCUCCACAAAGAAAUAGUUCACCUAUUAGUGAUGUAGGAAUACCUAAUUUUGACAAUAUCGUAAUCAGUGAUGAUGAAUUUAUUGUGUGA